AUGCUUACAAGAUCGAAACGAGGUGGAAAAAGGGAUAUCCUACGAGCGUCACAACGAGAUGGAAAAAAACCUACUUCAAAAGUGACCAGGAUGACUAGGAGAAAAAUUUUUAUUCUGACAAAUUCUUCUGACGAAGAUCAAAUCUCAGAGGAAGCCGAAGAGCUUAAACCAAAUCCAGAAAGUGAGCUUGAAACUGAAGAAAAUCUGGACUUUCAGAUUACUACGCGUUCAAAAAGAAGGAUGCCACGAAUUAACUAUUCUGAUGAGAAGUAUUAUUCAAGCCGUUUUGAUGAUAAUAAUGGAAAUUCAAAAAGGAAAGCAAAGGAAUUUUCUGAUGAUGAGAUAGAGAAAAAACGGAUUAAACCUUCAAAACGAAUAAUAAGUAAUAGACGAAAAAUUUCUCGUCGAGCCAAUACAUACGGCGAUUCAUCUGAGCAAAAAAGGCGAUCUUUGCGAACGAAUUUAAAUGUCAGGGAUGCUGGUUACUAUGAAGGGUCGUCUAAUAGUGACGACAAUGAUGAAUCAGAGCCUUCUGAAUCAAAUGAAUCGUCUGAUCAAGGAGGGCGAAGUAAUAUAAAGAAAAACCAUUAUAAUGUAUCUUCGGAUGAGUCUGAUAACGAAACAAUAACAGAAACUCCGGAUGCAUCUGAUGAGCACGUUCCAAAAGUUUCAGUAACGGAAUCAGAAGUUGAAGUACAGUAUGUCCAAAUUUCGGACCCAAUUCCUUCAUAUCAAAUACUACGAAAGGAUGAUCCAGAAUUCAUUGAAAAGCAUAUAUGGUGGUGUAAUAAAUGUGGCGACAAUAAAUCCAAAGGGACUUUUGUAUAUUGUGGAAAAUGUUCAGUUACAUAUCAUAGACAAUGUUAUCAAUUGAGACCUGCAGUUGUGAAUAGCAUUGUUGAAUGUAAGUAUUGUAUUGAAAACAAUGCUAUGUGUAUUAUCUGCCAUAAAAGCUCGGAAGACGAGAAUCAACAGCUUAAUAAGAGUGAACAGCAACAAUCCGAUGAAUUGAGUGUAAAUAAAGGAGAUGGGGUAAAUGAAAUUCAACAGUCUGAUAAAGAGGUGAAUAGCGAUGAACAGCAACCCAAAGAUAUGGACAAUAACGAAGAGGAUGCGAUGUCGUCUUCCAGUUCGACAUCAGAUCCUUAUCCAAAUUUGUUAUUUCGGUGUAAUCGUUGUUCACUUACUAUGCAUGAACGUUGUCUUCCUGCAUUAAACGAAGAUGAUUCACCCGAGCUUACAAUUGAACUUUAUCGUGAGAGAUGGAAUUGCCAUUUAUGUGAUCGUUGGAGCUGGGAAAUCGAUAAAAUUUUAACAUAUAGAUUUAUUUCGGAAAAAUCUGGAGAGUCAUCUAUAUUGGAUGAGUCAAACACUUUAAUGAAGGCGUCUGAAAUUGAAGUACUUGUUAAAUUCAAAGAUCGAUCUUAUCGUAAAGUGGAAUGGGUUCCUGGGUAUUGGUUAAUGAACGUUUCGGUUCUAAAAUAUCGUUAUUUCGUGAAAACAAGACCGGUGCCAUUAAGUGAAGAGGAAGUUAUUCCACGUGAGUGGCUAAAGAUACAUCGUGUUCUUGACGUAGAAUAUUCCAACAAUAAAACUCUGCGAGAGAAAUUGUCCUCCAGAAAGAGUGGAGCGGGCGUAGAAACAAUGAAAAGGGCGUUUAUAAAAUGGAAAGGCCUCAGAUAUAUUGAAUCUACAUGGGAAGACAUAUCUGAUUUGGAUGGAAAAAAGUUUGCUAAAGCGUUAAAAAUUCGCCGCAAAGCUUACAAAAUUGACGUAAUGGAUCGAUUUGUAGAUAGAUCAUUUCAGGAAAUAAAGAAACAACCUUCAUGGUUGUCGAAUAAUCCAAAAUAUCAGAACAAAUUAAUGGAUUACCAAUUGGAUGGCAUAAAGCAUGAUCGUCAUUGUUACCCGUUUAUUGUCGUUGCACCAAAAUCUACGACAGCGGGCUGGUCUCGCGAAUUUAAGAGAUGGGCGCCUAAUUUAGUCGUAGUAGAGUUUCAUGGAGAUAAAGAGUCUUGUGAGAUUGUUGAAAAAUACGAAAUGUUUCCUGACGAUUCUUCGUUGAAGUGUCAUGUGCUAAUAACCACUCCAGAAACCGUUCUUUUUCGUUCUAGAGUCCUUUCAAAAGUUCGUAUGUGGGAAGUAAUGGUUGUUGAUGAAGCACACAGCUUAAAAGGCGGUGACGAAAGAAAGGUCUUUAGGCAAUUAAAUUCAACUUUGAAAAAUGUAUUUUAUAAAAUUCUGUUGACAGGUACACCGUUGAUGAAUAGUAUAGAUGAACUCUUUAAUUUACUUCACUUCUUGGGUCACGAGGCAUUUAAAAAUCCAAAGGAAUUAGCAGAGCAAUAUCAAGGACUACCCUCUCUUGAACAGUUGCCCGCAUUGCAUAAGUUGUUGAAAAAUUACUUUUUGAGACGUACUAAGAGCCAGGUCAAUAUAGAGCUUCCUCCAAUGGACGAUGUAAUAGUUCGUGUUAGUAUGACGGCCAUACAAAAGAAGAUUUACAAAGAGACUUUUGAAAAAAAUGCAGAGUUUUUACGGGAGGUCACAAGAGCGCGCAAAUCGACAGGAUUUUCUAACAUAUUGAUGGGUCUACGACAGAUAGUUUGUCAUCCAUAUCUUAUUAAUCGCGAGGUAGAUAUUCGCGAAGACCCUGAAAAGUAUGACUCAGAAAGACGAAAAAUGCUGGUAGAAUCAAGUGGAAAGCUCAUUAUGUUGCGAGAUAUGCUAAGAAAAUUACAUGAUACCAAACACCGGGUGCUCAUCUUCUCCCAAUUUGUGGAAAUGUUAUCAAUAUUAGAAGAAUUUUGUGAAGAUGAAGGAUAUUCGUACGUGAAACUUGAUGGAUCAACGUCAAACGAAGUACGACAAGAGAAUAUUUCUGCUUUUCAAGCACCUGACAAAAAUAUUUUUAUAUUCUUGUUAUCAACUCGCGCCGGUGGCGUUGGAUUGAAUUUAAUGGCAGCAGACACUGUGUUUAUAUUCGAUCCUGAUUUUAAUCCGCAUCAAGAUAUACAAGCUUUGAGUCGUGUACAUCGAAUCGGUCAAUAUAAACCUGUAAAAGUAUUUCGAUUCAUUACCCAAUUUUCAGUAGAAGAGCGUAUAGUAGAAAAAGGCAAAAUAAAACUCGCCAAAAAUGAGCUUGUUGUCGAAAAGAUGGAUGAUGAAAUUCUUGACGUCGAAGAAGUCGAUGACAUAAUUCGUUGUGGAGUAAAGGCGUUAUUUAGCGAAGAUGCUAAUGAAAAACCAAUUGGAAUUUAUACGGACGAAACAAUUGAAAAGUUGUUAGACCGCUCUCAGAUGAAGGCUGCUGAGAAGAAAACUGAUUCCAAAAAUUUGACUGGAUUUGCUUCCGCGCGUGUAUGGGACACCGAAAACCAGGUCAUAGUCGAUGAUAUCAAGACUGGAGAUCGGGACAGAGAGUCUAAAUCAUCGAACGACUUCUGGGAUAAGAUUUUAGCACACGUCGCCAAGUCGUCGACUGUAGUACCUAUUGAAGGUCGUGGGGCAAGAAAACGAAAUAAAGUCAACUAUUACGAAGGAGAUUAUUCAUCCUCGUCGAAAAAACAGAAAAAGAAACAGAUCACUACCACUGACCUAGACUUUGAGCCAUCAGAACGCAUAGAAACAUCAUCUGAAUCUAGCUCGGAUGAACUAGAAGACGAGGAAGAUCUGGGCCUGGCCGAAGAUGCUAAAUUAAAACCUGGAAAAAAUAAAAAAGCGAACCUCCUAACUCCAGUGAAAGUUAAUGAAAAUGGACAUCAAAUAACGACUGUUUCAGAGAGUGGUAACUCUUCUACUAGACAAUCAUUAUCAUACUCAUCAGACGAAAUUAUCAACGUUCAACAAAAUCAAUUAACACCCGUUUCAGAGGAAAGGACCAUUGUCCAACCUAACCCACGUUAUAUCGCACCAGCUUAUAAUCAGAAGAGUUCGGAAUCCCCGACAUUGUUAAACGUGCAACGACAGCAACAAUACUAUGCACAGAUGCGGAUGCAGCAGUAUUACCGUCAAAUGCAGAUGCGUCGACAAGGAUACAGUGGUUAUCCAGUGGAAAUUCAGCCGACCAGCUCAUUAAUGAAUAAUAGCCCUGUUAAUUCUAGUGGCCCGGUCAUAGUUCAAAGUGUUCAACCUCAUCUUGUUGCUGUUGGUGCUGUUCCUAGUCAAACUAAUAUGAGGGAAUUGACUAAUGCAAGCGGUGAAUUGCAACAGAUUGGUUUACAAUCAAAGGGGAAAGCGACAGAUGUGGCUUCAGUAAGUGGCAGUGACACGCCUAAUCCUAAUAAACCGAUGAUUAAUCACUUUAUGAUGAUAUUUGAUAAACUGCAAAAGAGUCAAGAAGAUGUGACGAAUAGAUUAAUAGCGUUAAUAAGAGUUUAUCACGAGCUACAAAGGUUAGAAUUCGACAUUGAGAAGUAUAUUGCAACGCAAUCUGAGAAAAACCAGCUCGAUAAAGCGUUAAUGGCAGCAUUUAGACAGUCACAAAUAAUUUGUUUGGAAUCUGAUUAG